CAGAAGGAUCCAAGGGGGGAAGAGAGAGAGCUCAUGUUUUGGAGAAAUUGAGCAGGAAGCAUUAAGGAAGGGAAGGAGGUGGAGAGAGUGUUUUGGAGGGGGCAGUGCAGAGGGGAGGUGGGGUGUUAUAAAUUGUAGGUGGAGUAAUACUGCAAGAAUUUGAGCUGCUGUCCCUGGCUCCCUGGCUGUACGUUGAUGAGGUCAUAGUGUUUUUGGGUUAAAAAAAACAACAACUUCGACUUGUUUUUCAGGAGAGAGAGAGAGAAAAACACACAGAGGCUGAAGAAAUGGAGCAAGUAGCAAAACUCCUCCUGUGGCAGCUGUUGCUUCUGCAAACAGGGUCUAUUGUUCAUUUGUAUUCAGUCCCAGCUGACAUGUUGAACCCCGAGAGCGUGGUGGUGUCCGUGUCGAAUGUCAGCGCCGUGGCUGGGUCCCAAACUGUCCUGACCUGCAAGAGUUACCGCAUGAUCUGGACCCAGGACCGUCUGAAUGACCGCCAGCGUGUGGUCCACUGGGACUUGUAUAGCAACCCGGAUGGAGAUUACAAGGCGGAGAGGCUGUGUGACAUGUACUCGGCUGGGGAGCAGCGGGUGUAUAGCUCCUACAACCAAGGGAGGAUAGCCAUGCCCCAGAAUGCGUUCGCAGAUGGCAACUUCUCACUGGUGAUCAAAGAUGUUGCAGAGAGCGACCAAGGCACUUACUCCUGCAACCUCCACCAUCACUACUGCCACCUGUACGAAACGGUGAAAAUCCAGCUGGAGGUCACCGAGAAAGCCAGGGAAGCGAAGAGGUACUGGGAUGGCGAGAAGGCCGUGAUUGUUGCCUUGAAGGACAGCACCGUGGUGCUCCCGUGCGUGAACCGGAACCAGAUCUGGACUGAGCGGCACAGCGAGGAGGAGCAGCAAGUGGUCCACUGGGACAGGCAGCCCCCGGGGGUCCCGCACGACCGGGCCGACCGCCUCAUAGACCUGUACGCGUCCGGCGAGCGCCGCUCCUACGGGCCUCUCUUCAUCCGGCAGAAGAUGAACAUCACUGAGACGGCCUUUGCCCUGGGCGACUUCUCGCUGCGGAUUUCGGGCCUGGAGAACGCGGAUGAGGGCACGUACUCCUGCCACCUCCACCAUCACUACUGCGGCCUCCAUGAGCGCAGGAUCUUCCGGGUCUCCGUGACGGAGCCAGUGAGAGAGAAGAAGGUGGUGAACCUCACUAACCCCAACAGCGUGCCCGCUGUAGAUCCAAACCUAGGCAGGGGCCAUAACGUGAUCAACGUCAUCAUCCCCGAGAGCCGGGUACACUUCUUCCAGCAGCUGGGCUACAUCCUGGCAACCCUGCUCCUCUUCCUCAUCCUCCUCAUCAUUGUGGUGCUCGUUACCCGCAAACGCCGGAGGAGAGGCUACGAGUACAACGUGAAGAAAUAUGAAGAGAAGGACGUGAAUCUCAAAGAGGUUUCAGCUGACACAACUGACCUGACCCAGUACAAAAGUGAAGGCAUAAGGCUGGAUUUCAAAAACAACAUCCUGAAGGAGAGGGCCGAGCAGGCCCAGAGCUUCCCAGCAAAGAUCAUCGAUUUAGACAAAGAUUUCAGGAAGGAAUACUGUAAAUGAAGACAUUCUGAAGCUGCUGGCUGGACCAGAAGCUGCAAUUAAAAAUAGACGAGAUGCAUUCCUUAUUACAACAUCCUUUCAGUUACCGUAGAGCUUUCAUUUAGACUUUCUUCCCGGUGGGCACCGAGGCGUGUGCAGCUGCAUACAGAAAGGUUUAGCUUGGCUGUGUGAUCUUGAGAUGUUUUUUGGUGGCUUCUUUUCCCCCUUUCCUGUUUAUUUUUCCUUCUCCUUUUCUGAUUUUUUGGUUCUUUUGCAUCAAUGGUUUUUUUCAGCUGAAUCAGCAGACGUUUAGCUUUAACUUAACAGCAUGAAAUAAACCCAACCUGCACCAUGACCCUGAGCCAUCCGUAUGUCAGGUACUUUUCCCUGCAAUGUGUUUAACAGAGAAUAAGACAGGGUCUGAUUCUGAUCUCCCGUAUGCUGGCAUAAAUCAGGAGGAAUAAUCAUGACACUUAGUACUUUCCAUUGUCAAGAUGUGGUAUCAAUGUUAGGUAAUCCAUCCUCAUGCCCUGCCAGGAGGGUGAGUAAAUAUUAUCAUCCUCCUCCAGAUGUGGAAACUGAGGCAUACAGGUGCAGUAACUUGCCUGUGAUUUUACAGAGGAUAACUGGCAGCACUGGGAUUAGAUUCCAGAUGCUGUGGAUACCUAGCUCUGUCUUAUUCUUCUCAGCCACCUGGCCUGAUCUUAUUAUUAUUAAUUUUUUUUUAAAUUAUAGACCAAAUCCAACCUUGGCUUGAGCAGGUGCAGCUUCCUUUGAAGUCAAUGCAUUGUACUGUUGGAAAACCAGUGUAAGUUAGAUCAGAACCAGAAAUCUUACCAUGAACAAAGCAAAAUUCUUGGAUCCGUUGGGUGGUUCUCUGCUGCAUACCCUGCAUUUGCCAGGUGGGUCCUACCCACGCAGUGAGGUGCAGACCAAACUCCACCCUGUAGGUCUCUUAGCUGCAGGAUGGAUCAGGGAGGAGAAUUUUUCACUAUGGACCAAACCCAGCCCCAAGCAUGACUCCCACUGACGUAAAGAGAGGUUUCAGAGUAGCAGCCGUGUUAGUCUAUAGGCGUAAAAAGAAAAGGAGUACUUGUGGCACCUUAGAGACUAACAAAUUUAUUAGAGCAUAAGCUUCUCGGAUCCGAUGAAGUGAGCUGUAGCUCACGAAAGCUCAUGCUCAAAUAAAUUUGUUAGUCUCUAAGGUGCCACAAGUUCUCCUUUUCUUUUUGAGACAGCAGAGAGCCAUUCUUGGCUUGCAUUUCUCUGGGCUUGAGUGAAAUCCAACCCACAUCUCUGCAGGUGCAGGAGGGAGCACUGGUUAUUCAAUCAGGACAGCACAGUCUCAAGCAAUCAGCAUUAAUGUGUGUCUCUCUCUCUUUCAUGUCUGUGAGUCAAAGGUUGGAACUUUUACUUGCCAGUUCAAAUUGCUUUGCGCAGCUUAUAUAGACCCAGGCUAGAAAUGGGGUCACUUAAUCAUAAGCUCCAGAGGAGUUUAAAUAUUUCAUUUGUCUUCUAGGCUGCAAAAUAGCUUAAGGGGAAAAAAAUAACAUGUUUUCUGAACUAGGCACAGGGCUUUGAGAGCUCCCCAUCUUUGCUUUGAUCUCCAGCGUGAAUGUGGGUAGCAGUCAAGCCUGGGGUGUGUGUAACCCUAUGUUGCUCGAGGUGGUACUGUGGCCGCUUAGCAAACAAAUGAAUCAGUAACUCAGAAGAGGCUUUUGUCCGUGAUUCUGUGGAGACUCCUGUGACAUUUGGGGGUGGAAUUUUGCUUGUGCGAUGUAUCGUGGCUGCAUCUCUGCACAUGCAGCCACUCAAAGCAAACUGCGUUUCUCACAGGCCACGUCGCGCAACAGGCUUGGAGUUUCAGCCUGGGCCCAAAGCUGGCUGGGAAGAAUUACACAAAAACGUGGCCAGGGAAAAUUGUUCCCAGUGGUUGUUAGACGUCCCUCGCUGUCCAGGCCACUUUAAGAAAAAACAGAAGAAGGGCCAGGCUGGAAGUCUUGCUAGACAGCACAGAACAAAGGAUUUCCCAUAAUGGAUCAGGCCGUUGUCUGAUAACCUGCCUCAGGCACUACCUGGUACUUCAAAAGAAUGUGCAAUUUCCUGGCCAAUUGCACUGUGCUGCACAUGGAGGGACAAAGUUCCUCUUUUAUCUCUGGCCUGCCACGUGAGGAUCUGAGGUUGUCAUGCUGGCAGGGUCUAGGAGCACUCAGGAGAGAAACCCCUUCCUUUCCACGCGGCUGGUAAGAGAGGUGAUGGUUCUUGAAGGAAUCAUGUCCCGACAGAGACCUUACUGUGAUGCUUCCACUGCCAGCUCCUUGGGGCAGGGACCGUAUCUGGUCCAGAGCCAGACACAUCACUGAAGCUUAAUAAUAAAAAAUAAAAAGUUCCCAGGCCUUGAUGGGGCGGGGGAGGAGAUUUUAAAAAGAGGGUCUCUUGGAGGAUUGCACCCUCUCAAAGCAAAGCUGACUGAAAUGGCAGCAUUCAAGUCUGGCACAUCAAGUGUCCUGUGUAGAUCUGAACAGGUUCAGUGCAAGGUUGGUUUUUGCUAAUCAACGAGAAAAUCAAGCUGGACAAGGCAUGCAUUGCUGCCCUAUUUCAGGGACACAUGCCAGGUGUGUAAUUUGCCAGGUCAGAGGCCGGAGGUAAAGAGAUCUAGGCAAGACUACAGGACAAUCUGGGCAGUGUUUCCAUAGUACGGUUAAAUAACUAAGUGGCAUCAGCAGAGGUCGGUUCUUGUGUCUGAUGGUGUAGAGGAGUGAUGAGAGGGCAGACAGCUUUCAGCUCUGGCACCAUGGAGCAGCUCAUUAGCUUUAGCUCCUUUGCAUGUUUGUUCUUGUAUAUUGUUGGUCUUUCCCCUUGGCCUGAAGGAGUAUGGCUGUUCUCUCUGCAGCUCAGGUUUCUCAUCAGUAUAUGGGGGAUAAUAAUUCCUCGCUCACAGAGGGGCAAUUCAUUAAUAUUUGUACAGCACUUUGAGAACCUUAAAUGCAUGUGUUUAUAGCAGUGCAAGGAAAAAAUGACUGCACUGAGCAGAUGCUGCAUUUAAUCUUCAGCAGACAUGGUCCCCUUUUGAUUUACGGACUGUUGUCAAGAUUUGCACCCUUGAUUCCCGAGAAACGCAUUUCACUAUAAUAAUAAAACCCCUUAAUAUUUGCCUGCUGGUUGCUUCCCCUGUUCUGAAGCAAGUUGAUGGCAGAAAAUGCAAAGGGCCUGGUAGGGUAGUUAAGAUUUUGUAGACUGUAAUCUUUUGUUUGGAAACAAGGCAACAGUUUACAUCAGUGACCUUAAAAAGGGUUACGGUAAAUGCCAGCUGGGCCCAGAUCGGCUCGGCUCUUUGGAAGCGAGAAUUUUCCAGAGAAUUUUCCAGCAACAGGGCCUUUAUUUUUAAUUCUUGGAAUCAAUAUUAUCUGGUGCUGAUGGGUUUGACUUUGGAGCCGUGAAAGCAUGAUCCUUUCCCUGUGAUUUGUGCUCUCUGCUUUGAUAGGAAAGCUGCCAGAAAGUUCGUUUUCUUGCACUUGCGUUCCCACUGAUGGAGUCCUUUUGGCUGUUUUCCCUCCCAAGUGCAAUUGUUCAUAAGUGAAUGAUUGUUAUUGUUAACAGUUCUAUAGGCCAUCGGACCGACACUGACUUCUUCUCCUUUUUCAGCAAGCACAGUAAUUUGGCGCCAGAGAGAAAGACAGAGAAAUCCUAGGAUUAGUUUAAUGAAGACGACAUUGUCAUGAUCUUAGUUGGACAUAAACAGUAGGGAGUCCCUUCUGUAGGCAGGAAAGUGGGUACAGAUAAAGAACUAAGGCACCGAGGUGGACGUGAUGAUUUGGAAAAGAUAAAAAAAAAGAACAGCUCUUGUGAUUCAGAGUGUCUGGGCAUAAAACUAUCCUCGGCAUGAGCUGGUGAGAUCUUAAUUGAAGACUUAGUGAGCUGAACUUGACUAGAUGCUUGCGAGAUGGUGUAAUUUGAUGCAGCUGCGCAAUCCAUAUACAGGUGCUAAAGCAACAGGGAUUAUGUUAGUCUACAACUUAGAUAUUUUGCCAGAAAGUACACAGCUGGGAAUGGGUAUAUAGAUAUAUAUUUUGGAAAUUAGAAACUUGCUAAUUACAGUGGAGCUCCAUCUAGAUGAGAACCUGCCUGGCAGGUGUGAUGCUAUAACCCAGGCUUUAUGUGGGCUUGCCCGGGUUGCAUGCAGCAGAUAGGAUGCACCCGAAUGGCUUGAGGAUUGUCUUCCCACAGAGUGAAGCAAAAAGUGUUUCUUCCCCCAGUAUCUGAGUGGUUGGGCAUGUGUUAAAAUUCAAAUGGGCAGAGGCUAAGUGCUGCUUCCCAGAUGACACUGGAACUUGAAGCAAAGGCAGAGCCAGUUUCUCAGCUGGUGUAAAUCAGUAAGCUCUGGUGGCUACACCAGUUUACAUCAGCUAAUGAUCUGAUCCACAACAGUUUGUUCAUGGAAAAAAGAAUCAUUUUGGUUUGUCUGAUGAUUUCCCCCGCAAAGAAAUGAAAUGCUACAAGAGAUUUUGCACGUGGAAAGAAAACUCAUGGCGAGCACAGGAAAAGCUGUAAAGUUUUUUUGUAUCUGCUUAUUCUAUACCAUUUAGGAUUUUUUAUUUUAACAAACUCCCUGAUCAAAUAGUAGUCAUUGCAACGUAGAGAAGUGUCUUUAGGUUUUUAAUGUAAAACCCAGAAGGUGUUAGCAGUGACAAACCAUGCUUCUGGUUUGAGGGCUAUGCUGGGUGAUUAACCAUAGGAACACCUUACCGAGAGACAUGGUGGAGUCUCUGUCACCUGAAGUCUUUAAAUCAAAAGGGGAUGCUUGCGGAAAGAUAUGCUCCAGCUCAGCCAGAAAUUCUGGGCUUGAUGCAGAAAUUAGUGGGUGAGGUUCUCUGGCUUUUGUUACACAGGAGACCAGAUUGGAUGAUCCUAACAGUCCCCUCUGUUAUGAUCAUCUAUGAAUCCUCUGCAGGGGGCCUGGUGCUGCAUUUGGCUUUUUCUGAGGUGCAUUGGGAACAUUUAUUUUUUUAUUUCUAAUAUGCAGCCCUCCCAGUUUUAAUGAUUUGAAGUUAGACAGGGGCACAUCAGCCAGAAAAUCUGUUAAUAAAAUUAGAGUAGUAUGUGCAAUAGAAAAUGCCUCCUAAAUUAUAUGUGGGGCUAUUUUUUUCUCUGUUACAGCUGUGCAACCCUAUAAUAACAAUUAAUACCAAGGAGCCCUUCCACCCAAGAUCUCAAAGUGCUUUACAAAGGUGUGUAAGUAGAACUGUCUUCACGUCUCAGAUGGGGAAACUGAGGCACACCGUGAUUUGUAUCGACUUGUCCAAAGCUACACAAGCGGAGCUAGGACGAGGACACAAAUCUCCUGCUUUUCAGCUGUGUGCAGUAGCCACUGAACUGUGCUGCCUCUCCAGAUUGAGAGGAGAGUCUGGCCCAUAAAGCUGGUUUGACUCUGUGUUGUAAUCUACUUCAUUUUCGUACUAUCAUUGUUGCUUUAUUGUCAUCAUUUAUCAGCCCAUUGUGUAACUCUCCUUACAUGUAAGAAAUAAAGAAGAAUGUACUUGGUUUUCAAA